AUGAAAAGUUCAUAAAACUUUCGUAUCAAAUCAAUAAAAUCUAACUAAUAAAAUUCGAAUCAAUACAGAUCUUUAUAAAUGAGUUUGACUUGUAAAUCAUUGACAAAUAGAGUGAUUAAGGAGUUGGGCUAAUUUUAAAAAAGUGUUAUCUAAAUUUAACCAAGACAGGUCUUACAAAAAUAGAGUAGUAUUAAUUGUAGAUAGUCACUUGUUUCUGUGACUGAAAGUUAGGUAAGUGUUGAUGAAGAGUUUGAAAUCUGGGAUAACAACUAAGAUCUCAGAUUGAAGAAACUUGUGAUUGAAGAAAGAAAGCCUUCUGUAGGAUAAUUUCUGUAAUUAUACAAAGCUAGAUAUGGGUAUAAUUAAAUAAUACAUAAGAGGAUUCCCAGGAUUUAGAUAGCCAAUAUAGAAUGAAGAAGUCAUUAAGGCUGCUAUAAAUCAUGCAUCAUCAAGUAAAUAAUUAUUCAAGAAAUAUUUUCCUAAAAAAUAAAUAGUUUUUGAAGAUGACAAUGAUUAUUCUUAGCCAUAUAAUAUUGAAGAUGAUCAACAUUUUAAAAAUUUCAAUCGUUUUUUUAGAAAUAAAAAGCUUUAAUCUACACUAAAGAUUCCAUUACAGAAUUAAAUCAAUAAAAGUAGAUGA